CGAACUUAAAAGAAUAAAAAAAAAACAAAACAAAAAUAAAGAAGGAGAAAUUAAUCACAGGGGGUCGUUUUGAUUUUGAAGCUCCCGCUUAAUCUCACGGGGCUCCGAUUCUUUACCCGCAAACCAGCAGAAAAAGGAUUCGCCGAAGGCUAUAUAGUUCAUUCUAACCGGAGCAGCUCCAAAACAGAGCAGAUUGUCCCACUGCAUUUUUUACUUGUCCUGCAAAUUUUAGCUUGUAGAGUAGAAAAUGAAGCGCAGGCGCAAGGGUGGCAAGAAAGGCCCAGCCAAGAAGCCUAAAACUGUCAAAGAUAAUGAGGUGAUUGACGACGGGAUUCCCUCAAAUGAAGGGGAAACUCCUUUGGUAGAUCUUUCUGACAAUGCUGAAGGUGAAUCUGGAGCCGAGGCUGGGUCUCCAUCUCCAGCAGCAGCUGACCCACCGGAGAGCUCAAUUGUUCCAGCUGAAAAACAGGAAAGUGUUAAUCCUGUCCGCCCAAUUGAUGACACUGCUGGGAGAUUAGUUUAUAGUCGUGUUAAAGUGAAACUCAAAAAUUCAAAAGCAUUAGACUCUCAGCGCACUUCAUCAAAUGCACCCACACAAAGUGAUGCUGACAAGAGUAAUCAGCAAGUGGAAUUAGAAAAGCAGGAAGCUACUAUUGGAAAAAAUGAGGACAGUGACAACUCGCUGCCUGAAUCUAAUGUUGGCGUUUCGAGUAAUUCGUCUAAGAAAUCGAGUGGCAUAAAACUGAAAUCAUCAAGGGAUCCUACUUCAUCAAGUAUAAGCCCAUGCAAUAAUGUUGAAAUAAACAAGGAAGAGACGAAACAGCAGAAAGAUCCUGAGUUGCCAAGCCGGGAUCGACAAUUUGACAAACAACAAUUAGAUGCUUCUUUAGAGGUAAUAAAAAAAGUUAUGAAGAUGGAUGCAGCUGAGCCCUUCAAUGUUCCUGUUGAUCCUAUUGCUCUUGGAAUACCAGACUAUUUUGACGUCAUUGACACCCCAAUGGACUUCGGCACCAUAUGUAGUAAUCUUGAAAGUGGCGCCAAGUACAUGAACUCUGAGGAUGUCUAUAAAGAUGUGCAGUAUAUAUGGGAUAAUUGCUUUAAGUACAAUAAUAAGGGGGAUUAUAUUAUGGAGCUGAUGAAAAGGGUCAAGAAGAACUUCAUGAAAUAUUGGACAGCAGCCGGUCUAUACUGUGAUCACUCAUCCGGAAACAAUAGCAGUGACGCAGGUCCUGGGAAGGAUAUGCCACCUUCCUCGGAUGGAGCGUCAACGCCUACUGCAAAAAAGCACCACGGUCUCAAAAAGCACAAGGAUGGGUGUUUAUGUGCUAUAUGUGUUAUGAUGCGUCGAAGACAGGAGCGUGAGGAGAGUGCUAGAGCAUUGGGGGAACAGUUUGAAACCAGUGAUGAUUACAUGGAUGAAGAUGGUAAACCACAGGAACCUUCAUCCAUGGGAAGUCCUGCUGAUGAAUAUACUUCAAAGAAUAUGGAAAAUUCAACAGGGUGGAAUGCAGAUGGGCAUACACGAAGUUUAGAAAAGCUUGGCGAUGAGAAACAUAAUGAGUCCGUGGAUGACGGCAAAGUUUCGGAGCUGGCCGAGUUGGAUCGGAGAUCCAGAGAUGAGAAUCGUGCACAAAAUAGUGGACGAAACCUGGAUGGGGGGGAAGAAACACCUACACAUCGUGUGAGUGAUGCUAUGACCAAGGUAACAGACUUUUCUUAAACUAAUACAUGUGCUCAAACGAACUUGAUUACUUAUUAUUUAUGAUGUGCUUCUGAAUCAAAGUAUGAAUGUCCUUAAUUUGUGGUAAUUUUUUUGAACCCUUAAUAAUCUUGAGGUCUAGUACCAACCAGCUUUCCAAUGUCGUAGAUUGGUUGAUGUAAAUGCUCGGUGUAAAUGAUACUAGUUGAAUUUGCGGGUAUGAUGUGUUCCUUGCAGGAGUUGCUGGAUAAAAGGGAAAGAGCUCAAAUGUACGAGAGACUACGGUAUAUGGAAAAUCCCAGGCUUUUUGAGUUAUGCGGCACCCUGUUCAAUGAUAAGAAAAGGUCCUUCUGGAGUGGACCUCACUCUCUUGUUGAGAAUGACCUUUCCACUCGCAAGAGUAGUCUUCUUUCAGCUGUUUCGACCUAUAUGAAAGUAGGCCGCUGAAUGUCUUCCAAACUUAGUAAAACUGGACUAGAGCAUCAUAACCAUGGUACACAGCACAGUUGCUUACCCUCGAGGAACAAUAAGGAAAGAAGCCAAAUUCUUUUUGGCGUCCAAGAUUUGCCAGACGGAGAACGCAAAUUAAAUUUGCAAGCAUUUCCUGGCAAAUCGAGUUGUCUCGCGUUAGGUUUUCUGGAAAGUAUUGUUGGUUUUAUAUGAUUCAGGAAUAAAACAUCCGACUGGAUUAUUUUUUCUCAAAUUACAUUCAUACUCAAUCGAAUUUCGACCUCUUUAUUCUAUAUAACGC